UUAACUAAGAAAUAUUGACAUAUUAAAAUAUUUAUUGUAAUGGAACCUGAAGAGGGAAAACAGGUAACACAGAUUAUUCAGAAGACUACUUGUACAUUUUUCUGAUGAUUCAGAAUGAAAAGUUCUAAACCUAAGCAGGAGAUGAAGGCUAAGAUAGUAGCGAGAAGUCAGAAGAGGAAGAGUAAAAGAAGCUCUCGGUUCAGCAACUUGCCGAAGAUGAAGGUCUCAGAUUUGAGCAACCCAAAGUACUCUGAAGCAAUUAAUCUUCCAAAGGACGUACCUCCUCCUUUAGAAAAGCAAUGUCAGAAGCCAAUAAAUAAGGCAGCAGAAAGUGGGCUCACCCCAAUGAUAUGCUCUACUCAAAACAUCUUUUCAUUUAAAGACAAAGAGUACCAAAAGCAACAAGUACUGAACAUGAAGAGCUCCAACAAGUUCUUAAUGCUUUCAGAAUCUAGGAACUCUGAAGACAACUCCGUAGUCAAAGAAGCAAAUGAAAAGUCUUUAGAAGUUGAAAGUAUUCAGAAAGCAGAGAAAACUCAGCUGAAAUAAAGACCAAGAAGAAACCCCUGCCCUUUCUAACCAACUAGACUCUAGUUAUCUACCUCAGAUAAAGGAUGAGCGAGAGAAACUCCCCCUUGAUCCCAUGAACCUGAUUAAUGAUGCUGAAGACUGUAUUCGCAAACUUGAUAAUUUGUUUGAGAGGCAAGCCAAAUCCCUGAUAGGAGACAACUCUAUUUCAGCAGUCACUAAGAGUAAAUCAGAUUGAGAGCCCAGGAAGAUAUUCCGUAGGAAAAUAAAAGGUAAAAAGAAGGGAAAGAAAGGCAAGAAAAAUAAGAAGAAGAGAAAAUCCACCAAGAAGGGUGAGCCUUCUUACAACAUUGACUUCUGGAAAAAUAAGGUAUUUGCACCCAGAAGAAGUGAUUGAUCAGAGUAUGACCAACAAAAUUGAGAAAAGAACCAGCUAAACUCAUUGAACGAUGAUGAAGAUGAAGACAUGUACGAUGAUUUCGCUGUAGAUUAUUAGAUAAGAAAUUCAUACUCUUAACUUUAUAAUAAUAUUCGUAUUCUAGU